GUAUCCAAUUUGGAACAAGAGCUUCAGAAGCAGAAAGCAUAUGCGGAAGAUGAGUUGAGAAACGUAGAGGAGAAACUUCGCCUAGCUGCUCAAGAAGCAGUUUUAAACAGACAGAAGGUGGAUGAACUUAAUAGUACAAUCAGGCAAAUGAAAUUGGAGAUGGAUCGGUGCAAGAAUGAACUUACUGGUACGGAAAAAGAAGUAGUGCAAUUAAAACGAGAUGGUGAAGACAAAGCAAUGCAGAUAAAUCAGUUGGAUAUUACUUUGGAAGAAGCACGAUCAGAGCUCAAUGAAAAAGCAAAUGAGGUGAAUGAUUUAGAAGAUAAGCUGCUUCAAAGUGAGACUUGCCACAGGGAAGCCUUACAGAAAAUAGUAGAACUAGAAUCCGCGUUACAGAAUGCCCAUGGAGAAUUAAAAAUCACUUUAACACAGCUUCAGGAAUCGCAAGAUGCGUUACAGAAUGCGCAGUCCUCUCUGGAGGAGAAGCAUGUUGCUAUCAUGGAUCUAACAACUGAGCUCAGGUAUUGCAAGGGAGAAAUUGAAGAGAAAACACAAGAACUCCUUGACAUGGACCAAGCAUUGAAAGAAAGGAAUUGGGAACUGAAACAAAGAGCAGCUCAGAUUACACAGUUGGAUAUGACAGUUCGUGAACAUAGAGGAGAAAUGGAACAACAAAUAAUUCGAUUAGAGUGCAAUUUAGAGAAAUCAGAGUUAGAAAUUAAGGAAUGCAAUAAACAGAUUGAGAGUUUACAGAAGAAACUCCAGUGUUCUAAAAAUGAGCUUCGUGAAAAAGAAUUUGAAUUGCUCCAGAGAGAUCAAGAAAUAAAUCAGCUGAAGAAAAAAAAUGAAAGAAAAGAACAGAGCCUAGAAGCUAUUGAAAAGCAACUUGAUGUUCUGGCUAUAGCUGUGGUCUUCCUUGAAAUGAAAUGGAACAAUACGCUGUAUGAUGAGAGCUUAGGUAUCUAUCUUGUGAAAAUAAUUGCAUCAAAGAGCACUGAGAUCUGGCAUGCGUAUAGGAACACAGAGAAUUUUUUGGCAUAG